CGACGCACACACACACUCACACAUAGACACACUUUCACACUCUUAACACCCGCUGCUGCUACUCUGUUUGUUAUCCGUUUAUCUAUCCUGAUUUCCUAGUCACUUUUACCCCUACCUACCUGUACAUUACAUAUUACCUCAAUCACCUCAACUACUUCGUACCCCAGCACAUUGACUCGGUACUGGUAGUCCUUGUAUAUGACCUCAUUAUUGUUAUUUUAUUGUGUUACCAUUUCCUAUUUAUUUUUGAUAAUUGUCUUACUAUUUAACUCUGCAUUGUUGGGAAAGGGCUUGCAAGACCACACCUGUUGUAUUCGGCCCAAGUGAUGAAUAUAAUUUGAUACUUCCAUAGUUCAAGAAAAUAGCAACACAUAUAAAAACACAUACAGUACAUUCCCGUCACCUAAAUGUUUUGUCAUGCCGAUAUUAAUUGACCAGGUGGAUGAGUUCUUUCCAAAAAUUCACACAUUUUAAGUUUAGAAUUAUUACACAGUGCCCUCUGGAUUGGUAGUAAUAAGCACCGGGACAACCAACCCCAUGAUACAAUCAACCCUGGUCUCCCCUAAGUAGCCUUGCAUGAGCGAGCCGGAACAGCUCAUAGGAGCAGGAGCCUAUCUCCUGUGUCUGUAGCGUGAGGCAGCUUGAUGUACAAGUAUAUCCCCUGGAAAGUAUGUGGCUAGUCUAUAGCAGAGCCUUACCCCCCAAUCAUAUCUCCUUAAUGCUACCUGCCUUUCAGAGACACAUCAGGUCCCAUUUUCACAGUCUUUGGUAUGAAUCUGCCUGGGAUCAAACUCUCAACCUUCCGAUCUCAGGGCGGACACUCUAACCACAAGGCCACUGAGUUGAUGCUGUUAUUACAGCUUAAUCUACAAACUACUUGCAUGCAUGUGAAAACAUAAACAUUGAUUUGAAGUGAAUCUGCUGUGUGUAAGUCGAGCAAUAUUUAUGAGCAGUAGCUUAUGAAACAGAUAUGCAUGCAUACCGUAUGUAACCUCUCUGUCAAAGGGUUAUUAAUAACAGACAAUUGUUAUUCUGCAAAACACCUGUGCAAAUGAACAGAAUAUGGUUAUGCUCAUCAGAUGAGUGCGUGCUCAUUCAAACAGCAUGGUAAGAUGGUCAUGGAAGUCUAUUGCAAUAUAAGAACCUCUCCGGUAUAUUGCUCUCCAAGUCUGCAUUCUCCAUGAACUUGACAUGAAACUGACAUUGUACCAAUUGUACCAUGUGUAAAUGACACACCACUGAAAAUGACUUACGGUCUCAUUCAACAUUUGGGGAAGGUAGGCAAAUUCAUAUUUCUUAGUAAUAGUAUAUACAUAGAUAUGACAAAACUCCACAUUUUAGUCACAAUUCACACCUAUCAAGCCUGACUCAUCAUAACUGGAGAAGAGCUUACCUUCAGUGCAAGGGGGAAGUCCCAGACAAUGCAUUGUGGUUGCAUCCAAAUCAGCCCCUAACUCAAAUACAUGUAGCCCAAGGUCACUGCAAGAGGGGCACAUUUCAAGCUGAGAUCCUUAGAUGUCUUUCUUCUCUCUGUAGGUAAGUCAUACGAUAUUGUGUUUUAUUACAUUGGGCAUUGUUAUUACAUUCCAUUACGAGAUGUAUUUUUAGUUACAAGUGAGCUGGUUAAUGAGUAAGCAGUUAAUGGUUUAUAACUUUUUCAAAGAUGGAUGGAUGUUGUCUUUGAUUAUUCAUAGACCACCUGGGAAUGGUAUUGAGGGAAAACAUAAAUAAUGUUUACUUAUCGGAUAUCCAGACUUAAAGAUCAACAUCAUGCCUUGAAUACAGUACAUGACUUAAGCAAUGAGCCAUUGCUUAUGCUAUAGAGUGUUACACCAACAAAGACACCAUUGAUCCCAUCAUGUGUGGUAAAAGGAAUGAAUAAUCAGUAAAGGCGUUAAAUGGUAUUGUUGGAGAAUGAUUUAGGCAAAUUCACAGAUAAGAACAAAUGUAUAAGUCAAUUUUAUGAAGUUGAAGACCAAGGCGAGGCGUAGCUUUAUUAGUCGAGCGUGUCAUUUCUCCAGCUCAGUGAUUUUGUGCCCAGUAGAGCACAGCGCAGUAUGCCUCUGUCAAGAAACGUGCAUUUAAAUCUUUGAAGUUGUGUAUAGAGGCUUGUCCUCUCUUCUGAUACCUUCUAGAGUUUCUUGGACAGAAUAAUAUACUGUACAUGAGUAAAUCAUUAUUUUUUGUGUCCAGUUUGUUUGAGCCUGCUUGUCUGCCUGUAGACGAACCUACACCAUCUAAAAGUAAAGAAGAAAAAUAGAACACAAAAUCUAAGGAAGUCCAUCAUAAAGUAAUGUAAAAUCUGGAAGCCUAUCACCCCCAAAAUCAACUUGAUUAGUGUCAGGUUUGAAACAAUCCCAACCAAAUGAUACAAAGCUGAUUACGCAAGGAUUCCAUGAACUGACAGUGAUUUCCCUCUGCCUGUCAUUCAGUGAGUCAGAGUGUGAGUUGACACCCGAGCUGAGCCAUGGGGUUAGGCUGUCCUGAGGGUCACUUCUGGGAUGGCCUGGUCAGGAAGUGUAUGACCUGUCAGAUGGUCUGCCAGCAGCCUCACCACCACCUCAGAUGCAUCGAGUUCUGUGUGUCUCUAGGGUGUAAGGCAGUCCCAGGGCAGUACUACGACAGGCUGUUGAAGAAGUGUCUGACUUGUGCUGUGGUGUGUGGCAACCAUCCCUCAGAGUGUUCCCACCAAUGUCAGACCCAACAGCCUGACUUGAACGCAACCUUAAGGCCUGUGGACGGGACAGUCUUCCAGAACCCUACCACCAAGGGGGGGUCCCUACUCAGUGGUCUGCCUAACUCAGUCAUCCUGGUGUACUCUCUGCUGGGCUUGUGUCUGGCUCUGCUGCUGUUGACCGUGUCUUUGGCCCUGCUUGUGCUGCUGAGGAGGGCCAGCGCCAGAGGUCCCCGACCAGGGGCCACACAGAGCAGUCCCACCCAGGGCCGUGGAAGCCAGGAGGCCCAAGAGCCUAACCAGCACAGCAAGUCCUCCAAAGACAACCUGAUGGAUCCAUCCCUGCCCAAGCUGAACAGUGUGACAGCGGGCCGUUCAUCCAGCCCCAUAGAGACCUGUGUGUGUGUCCACUGCUUCCCUGACCUCAGAGUGCCUGGCAGAGGAGAGAAGCAGCAGAGACCCCCUCUGACUCUCUACCAGCAGGCUGUCCCCCAGGACGUUCACACUUGUGGAUCAUCAGAGAAAAUCAUCUGCUCCCCCUCUCAGCCUAGCUUCUGACAGGAGCAGAACUGAAACCGACUGGACACUACGGCAAUCAUAGAGAUCCUAUUGAAUUACUAGAGGGGCUAUGUCAUAAACCCUCAAAGUUCCAUAAUGGGGUGAAAAUGGCAGCAAUCUUGGUCAGGGAGAAAUCCAAAACCAGUGUAAUUGGAAUGAAUGGCAGAGGCAUAGGUGACACAUUUCCUGCUUUUACCUAUGCAGGAAAAUAAAAGUAAGGCAGGUGAUGUAUUAAAAAUUGUGUAAUGUAAUUAUAGUCAACCUAAAAUAGUAUUGUAAUUAUAAAAACUUUUGAUACUGGUUUUAUACCAAUUUUCUGUACAAAUACAUGUAAACAGAAUAUGUCUGACUUCGUUUUCUAGGAAAACGGUGUGCUAUUCUAUGAUACAAUAUCAGUACUUGUUGCAUUUAGGUCUCGAAGUCAUAUCAUCAACUGAUUUGCGCCAGUGUAUGGCUGUGUAUUGACUGCCUUGUUUGAACGGAAUGUUUGCUUGUUGGCAGUUAAUUAGAAACAUUUAUGGUGUCAUUCCUCAAAAACUGGUUGGCCAGCUAGCUAGCAAACACCCAUACUGUCAUGCCCUGAUCUGUUUCACCUGUCCUUGUGAUUGUUUCCACCCCCUCCAGGUGUCGCUUAUUUUCC